CGUCCUAGGUACGUUUGUUCUGUCGGCAGACAAUUAAAGCAGUUUUAUCGAAUUACUUAUGUUUUUAAGCGCUAUUUAAUAUAAAUUGUGCUGAUUUCCAUUUUUAGUUGUUGUUUUGAUCAGUUGUGUCUUCUGUGAACUAAAAUGGCAAAGAAAAAGGGAAAGAAGAAUGACAACGAAUCAGAAGAAGAAUAUACAGUCGAAAAAGUAGUGGAUAAAAGGAUUCGUAAUGGCAAAGUGGAGUAUUAUCUCAAAUGGAUCGGCUAUGAUGAAUCAGAUAACACUUGGGAGCCUGUUGAGCAUCUAGAAUGCCCCGAGUUAAUUCAAGCUUAUGAAAAUGCUCAAAAAGCUAAGAAGGACUCCAAAGAUGAUGAUGUCCCUGAAGAAACCGACAAAGAGCAAUCAACCACUGGUAGAAAGCGUAAAUCUGUGGCGGCAGAAGAUAAAAAAUCAAAAGACAAUGAAAAGGAGAAAAAAGAACCUGCAGAGAAAAAGAAAAAGGGUGCCGACAGUGAAAAUUUAGUUGGAUUCUCAAGAAAUUUAGAACCAGACAAGAUAUUAGGGGCUUCUGACAGUUCUGGUCAGUUGAUGUUCCUCAUUAAGUGGAAAGGAAGCGAAGAGGCUGAUUUAGUCCCAGCAAAACAAGCCAAUGUGAGAUGUCCCCAACAUGUAAUUGCAUUUUAUGAAGAGAGACUAACAUGGCAUUCACCAGAUGAUGGGAAUAAUUAGGGCGCUAAUAGCAUUUUCUAUUUUAAUAAUUGAGUAAUUUCAUAAAAGAAAAAUUACUGAAUUCAUUUACUUGUAAUUAUCGUUAAGGAUUUAUUUUGUUAUUGUCUUUUAGGUUACAUCUUUUAAUUUUAAUGGACCUGUAU